UCAAAGGUUGCGUGAGUUGUCUUUGGGGUGGGGGGAGCUUCUAAAAGUGAAAGUAGGGGCUGUGGAGGCGAGGGGAGGGGAGGGGCUGGUGGCUGCCGCUGACCACAAUGGGAAGUCCCAGCUGCUGGUCACCGGCUCACUGCUUCAGAGGCCCAGCCGCCUGGGCCCAGCUCGGAGGCCCCGUGUGGCCACUCAUCCUGGCAGGCAGUCCACCUUCGGCCCCGACCUGACAGGUAGUCAUGCCCAGAACUGGAACUGGCCCAGAGCAAGGGUGCUGACCCUGGGCUGGAGUCAGGGAAGACUUCUUGGAGGAGGAGCCACCUGGUGGAACCAACCUUCAAGGAGUGGGUGGGGCAAGGUUACUGUAGGCAGAAGGAACAGCCUGAGCAGUGGGACUGCUUCAGCCGUGAGAGCCUGCUCUCCCGAUGCCAAGAUGUCUUCCCCAAGAACAGUCACGCCAGGCCCAGAGCUGCACUGCACCAAAGACCAUGCACAUCCACCAACCCUGGGCCAGGGCACUCGGCGGGUAAGCAGCGGGGAUGCACCCAGCUCCUUGAGCACCCUGCGGAGGGCCCUGACCAGGGCCAGCCAGCGGGUCUCUGGACGGAAUGGCACGCGGUCCCCUGAGGACGACACCGGCCUGUUCUCUCACUUCCGGUUCCUGUCCCUACGCCGGGCCCCAGAGGGCAGCCCUGCCUUGGAGCAGUCCCGGACCCCCAAUGUGCCCGGCCCAGCCCAGGGUAUGGAGCUGCCCUCUGGAGCCACGGGCAGCGUCCAGCGGCAGCUGUCAGCUGGGGGUAGCCCCGGGGAACCCAGGUCUGAGGCAGAUGGCAGGGCGGUGGCCGACCUCAUCAGCGAGCGGCAGCUGCUGGCGGCUCUGAAGCAGCUGCAGCAGCUGGAGGAGCGGCUGGUGGACGAGCGGGCGUCGCACACCUUCGAGCAGGACCCCACGGGCUUCGCGCGCCGCGCCAUGGACGUGUGUCUGCACUACGACGCGCUGGCGGCCGAGAUCACGGCCAUCGUGCGCGAGACGCUGGGCCCGGGCGGCGUGAACACGGCGGCUCUGGCCGAGCUGACCCGCGCCGUGCGGGCCGAGGAGGCGGCCCACCCCGCGCCGCCCGCCGACGGCGACUUCCUGCGCACCCCGCGCCGCUGGCGGCAGGCCUGGGAGGCGGCGGUGAAGACCAGCGCGCAGGAGCGCGUGCUGGGCGCCGGGGCCGGGAGCGCGGGGGGCCUGGCUGGGCAGCUGGGCGCGCUGGGCUGCCUGGUGCGCGGCGACCUGCUGACGGUGCGGCGGGACGUGCAGCCGCUCUACGCGGAGGCGGGCUUCCCCGCCUGGCAGGUGUACCUGAGCGCCUACCACGGCGCCGUGGCGCAGCGGUUGCAGGAGCUGGUGGGCGAGGCGCACGGCUGCGAGCAGCUCUAUCUGCUGCUGGACUGGGCCGCCAACGUCUACGGCAGCCCCAACUUCCUGGGUGCCCCGGACAUGGCUUUGCCCGCUGAGCCUCUGCCCCCACUCCUGGCGCCAGAGAUGUGGGCGAGACUGGAGAGCGACUACACCCACUUCUUGGAGACCAAGAUCACCAGCUGCUUCGACAACAUCCUGGAGCUGGAGCGCAGUCACUGGGCGGCCGAGCCCCCUGAAGUGCUGCAAGGCCUCUACCACAGUCCGCUGUCUCUGGACGUCCACAUGCUGGUGGCUGAGCACGUGAAGGCGGCAGGAGCCAUCUCCGCGGAGCUGGAGGCCACCACCCUGCAGAUCUGUGCUAGGACCUUUGGACUCUUUGUGCCCAGGUUUGAAAAGGCAUACCUGGAGUCGGAGGCGGUGACAGAGCCGCACUUGGGCGCCUACAUUAACACGCUGGAGGAACUCAGGACCAGUCUGCUGGCCAAGUUCCCGGGGGCAUUUGAGGGACUGGAGAAGCCCCUGACAGAAGCCAUCGGAACCUUCCAGAAGCGGCUGCUGCAGGUCUUACAGGAAGACGUGCAGCCGUUCUUCAAGGUCCUGUGCACCAAGGACUGGCUGACCCAGGAUGUCCUCCAGCCCGUCCUGGACAAGGUGAUGGCCUUUGGCGGCCAUCUGGAGCAUGUGGUCCCAUCUCGAGCACAGGAGACACUACAGGAGGCCCACCGCUAUGUGGUCCGCGAGUAUCUGGCGCAGGUGCUGAAGCCACGUGAGCGCUUCCGGGGAACCGAUCGCCUAACAGGCUCACAGAAGAUGGGGCAGGAUGCUCAGGCCAUUGGCAGCACCUUCCAGAGCCUGGGCUCGGAGUCCACUUGGCUGGACCAGGCCAUCCCAUGCUUGGCCGACAUCCUGGGAGAGACCUACAAGAAUGACAUCCAGCGUCACCUGGAGACGCUCAUUGAGAACUACCCAGACAUCAGACGGGACCAUGUGCUGGCUGUCCUGGGCCUGCGGAGGCUGGGCUACAGGCGCAAUCACCAGCUUCUGCAGCGAGCCCAGGACCUGCUACGGGCAGCGCCCAGAGGCCCAGCCGUGGGCCGCGUGCUCUUCCAGGAGAUCUCCGUGGGUACCUCCAUGGACAUGUUCAUCACCUGCAUCUAGGCCUGGCCUGACCUGGACCUCCCCCACCCUGGACUUUCAGAACUUUCACUGGGCAGCAGUGCUGGCAUUGGGGCAUUCUGGGGUGUGUGGGGGCUGCAAGGCUCCCUUCCCACUGACACCCCCAGCCCCACUGGCCAGUACCCUGAGAGAGGCCCAACCUGGAGUAUUUAUUUCAUAAAUAAAGGUGAAUUACAGA